AGAUCGCUUGUCCAAUCUCGCCCACCGUACCAGACGGCGUGCGGUGAAUCUGGGAGAACAUAAACAGAAAUGUAUAAAUGACCAGAAUUAAACGAGUAUUCUCCGUUUUCCUGCUCCUGAUGCGUUUUUCUGGGCACAGAUAUGAGGCUGCUGUGUGUGUCGGAUCGCUCUAAUGGCCAGAUUAAACAGGACGUUUGUGUUGACCCUCCUCAUCGCAGUCAGCUCUGUGUUUCUGCUCUUCCAGCUCUACAACUACAGACUGUCUGCUGCAAAGAAUGGCUUUAACGUCUUGAAUAAUAAAGGAUAUCUGUCUGGGAAAGAGGCACAUUGGCAUCUGCUGAAGAGGUUUCUGGGCCUGGUCCACAAGUUUAAGCUGCCGGUGUUUCUGGUGGACACGGUCUCUCUGGCUCUGCUGUCCCAGGAUGCCGUUCUGUACCGGGACAGUCAGCUGAAGGAUCCGCACUGCAGCUUCCUCUGCACACACAGAGACUUCACCAGCUUCGCCCUGCUAGGAAACCUCUGGAAAUAUGACGCGGCUCUGCUGGACGCAGCCUCUGAGCGCGGUCUGGAGCUGCUGGAGAUUCAUGGGAAAGACCCUCGGCUGAUCAGCACGGAUGAUCUGACGGCGAAAGAAAUCCCGCUGCACUUCCUGUUCCGCUUUAACGGCCGUGUGGUGCAUGUGGUCGUGCUGUACGAGCGCAGCGGGAAGUAUCUCUGGCACGGCCCGCUCAGACUCACCGCCAGUUUGGACAGGACUUUCGCACCCUUCGGGAAACUGGACUACGGUCAUCACGCUGGGGCUUAUGACAGGCCGGAGCUCAUCCUCACCACUCUUGAUGGACUUAAUGUGAGGAUUCCCAAAAACUUCUCCGGUUUCCUCCAUGAGUACUCCAGCAGUCACUUUCUGGAGUGUCGCAGCAGAGAAGCAAAGGCUUUCUUCCAGCUGUAUCCAGAAGACACCUCUCCGGAGGCCGUGGACUUCAGGAUGAGGGCUAAAAGUCUGCUUCAUCUCGCGUCCAGAGUCCUCUUCACGCUCAGAGUGCCUUUUUGGCUCAGCAGUGGAACUUGUCUGGGUUGGUACAGGCAAUGCAAUAUCAUUCCCUACAGUAAAGACGUUGAUGUGGGCAUUUGGAUUAAAGAUUACAGGCCUGACAUCAUCCCGGCGUUUCAGAAGGCUGGACUCCCUCUCAAACACAAGUUCGGGAAGGUAGAGGACAGUCUGGAGCUCUCCUUCCAAGGGAAUGAUGUGAAACUGGACAUCUUCUUCUUUUACGAUGACGGUGACGUGGUCUGGAAUGGAGGCACGCAGGCAAAGAGUGGCAGGAAGUUCAAGUAUGUGUUUCCACGCUUCAGCCUGUGCUGGACGGAGUUUCUGGAGCUGAAGGUUCAGGUUCCCUGUGAGACGGAGGAUUAUGUGAGGGCAAACUACGGACCCGACUGGAACAUUCCUGUCAAAACCUGGGACUGGAAAACCUCUCCGUUUAACGUCCAGGAGAACGGCGUCUGGCCCUUGAGGGAAUGGGAUGACGUCAUUCAAGUUUACUGAAGCAUCAUGGGAGUUGUAGUGUUUUAGUAGCGCACAUUAACAGGAUAGUUCACCCAAAAAUGAAUAUUUACUUCACUCUCAAAAGUCUUUAUAAACCUUUAUGAGUUUCUUUCUGGUGACACAGUGGCUCAGUGUGGAGUUUGCAUGUUCUCCCCGUAAUAGCGGGGGUUUCCUCCGGGUUUCCCCACACAUUCGCUAUAGGGGAAUUGAAUAAACUAAUUUGGCCAU